AUGAAAAACUUCAAUGAAAAUAAGUUCUUGCAUGAUCUUAAAAUCCAGUCAUGGGAGAAUGUCUACUUUUUUGCAGACAAUCCCAACAGUAUGUGGCAAAUUUGGAAAGAGCUAUUUUUACAGGUUCUAGAUAAACAUGCCCCUCUUCAAAGUAAAAAGAUAAAAUCUAAAAAACUACAUUGGAUCACUAAUCAUAUUAAACAAAUGAUAAUCACAAGGGAUAAAUUGAAAAGAAGAGCAAUCGUAACGAAACUUGAGUCCGAUUGGGAAAACUAUAAAAGAGCCAGGAAUGAAACAAAUACUCAGUUAAGACUGGCUAAAAAAGAGUAUUACACCAAUAAAAUUUCUUCUGAGAGCCAAAAUCCAAAAGCUGCUUGGAAGACAAUAAAUAGUUUAAUUGGUAAGCAAAAUAGACCUACUAAAGUGAAUGAAUUAAAUAUAAAUAAUGUAAAACUAACAAGCCCUGAAGACAUAGCAAAAUGUUUCAAUGAUUACUUUGCAAAUAUUGGACCUAACUUAGCAGCUGAAAUUGAUACAACUGAAUGUCAUUUUAAGGACUAUCUUAAGAAAGCUGAAUCUGAAUUUACCCUUGUAGAAACAAACACUAUUUGA